UGUCGUCAUCACGUUCAGAGUGCGUGUGGUGCUUGUGUUGGGUGAGGGAAGGAAACGCAGUGGCGAAGCUGUAUUAAGUACUUUAGAAAACAACAAAACAUCAUUUACAUACUGUACGAAGAAACCAACAUAGAAAAGCCAAUUGAGUCCAUCGUUUUCAAAGCUGGUGCGACAUGUCUGAAACAUACGACUUCCUCUUUAAGUUCCUGGUAAUUGGCAGUGCGGGGACAGGGAAAUCCUGCCUCCUCCACCAGUUCAUUGAGACUAAGUUCAAGCAGGACUCCAACCACACCAUUGGGGUUGAGUUUGGUUCCAGAGUGGUCAACGUCGGGGGCAAGACGGUCAAACUGCAGAUCUGGGACACAGCUGGACAGGAGCGCUUCAGGUCUGUGACUCGCAGUUACUACCGUGGAGCUGCAGGGGCACUGCUAGUCUAUGACAUCACAAGCCGGGAGACGUACAACGCCCUGACCAACUGGCUGACAGACACGCGGACACUGGCCAGCCCCAACAUUGUCAUCAUCUUGUGUGGGAACAAGAAGGACUUGGAUGCAGACCGAGAGGUCACCUUCCUGGAGGCGUCGCGCUUCGCGCAGGAGAAUGACCUGAUGUUCCUGGAGACCAGUGCUCUGACAGGAGAAAAUGUUGAAGAAGCUUUCCUGAAAACUGCCCGCACCAUCCUUAACAAGAUCGAGUCAGGUGAAUUAGACCCAGAGCGGAUGGGUUCAGGUAUCCAGUAUGGCGAUGCUUCUCUGAGGCAGCAGAGGCAACACAGAGGCUCCACGGCACAGACCAAGCAGCAGUGUAACUGCUAGUGUCAGGAACCGCUUCACUCCAACCCACACAGGCUUUAGGUGUUUUUGGAUGUGCAGGACUCCUCUUCCUUCUGCAACACCUUACACACCUAAGAGCUUACCUGGACAGGUUGCCAUCAAGAAAGCACCUGCUAACCCCUGGCCCUUGGUAAGAGUUUGUAUUUCCUGCCCUGUGAAGUUUCCUGGGCUUGGAGACCAUGUGGUUUGACCUGUACUGGGGACACACAAAGAAGAGUCCAUGUUUGGUUCAGGGUUGUGUGUAGGGACUGUCCCACUUUUACCCUUUUCAUGGGUUUUUAAUCAAGACAUACAUGUACAUACAUUACCAAAAGUCCAUGAAAGAUGAAAUGUAAAACAACGCUUGGUUAACUUCCUCAUACAGAUGCAACCUGUUUGACUGCUUUGUAAGGUUGUUUUUGUGUUAUAGCCAUCAAAGCGCGAUGACCCUAUCUUUGAUUUUUAAUAAGCUGGGUAGAUCCAUAGCCGGCACCUGCCAGUCAUCUUCUGACACACCUAAGUCUCCCAAACCCAGACGGGAAGAGACAUUUGUUGACACCCAGGUACGAGUACGUUAUUGGGUCAGUAAACAGACCGUUUCCCUCUGAAAGUUCCCCUGACUUCCACAUGGAAUCAGUCUAACAUUUGCCUCAUGUUACCUGACAUUCACUGUAAACUGCGUUGAUUCUAAUUUGAUGAACACUGUGUCAGUUUGAAACUGAAGAUGUAUUUCUAGCCGGGCCUUUUAAGGAAAAGGUAUUUACCUGGUGAACAUGUACUAUCCCCUCAAUCUCCCCAUUUGCAGUACACAAGUCCAAACUGUCAGUACCUUCAGACUCCUGUAGGGCACACAGACAUGAAGGCAGUGUCCAAAGCACAAGGAGAAGUGGGCUUUCAGUUACAUUUUAAAUUAAUAAAAAUAGUGAACCACUUGUUUUCCAUUAUCAGCUGCAGGUGUGAUACAUCAAAUCAAUGCUUUGCCCUGGCCACGUUGUGGUCAUAUGUUCUGUCUGCAUUCUAUCUCAGGUGGAGAUCUCUGCCCUUUUUGUUUCCCUGCUGCUCUGCACUCACUGAUAAGACAGACGGGUCACAGGAAGCUAGGCUGUUUUCCGUGUCUUAGUGGGAAAUAUUCAGGUUAAAGGCCAGGCUGCGGUCUGAAACGUUCAAGUGCACUUUUUGUUUUUACUCGUCUUACAGAAUCUAUUUCCGAUUGGUGGUCAAAGACAAAACCUGUUCGAUUUCAGAUUCUGUAUCCUUACCUACUUUCUAGCAAUGCUGCGGUUUGCACGCCACUAAGAGCGGCUUAUCUGUUACACUGAAAUGGUGUGGAACACAUGGCUAUUAAAAAUGCCACUGUGACAUCAACCUGAGAGACUGGUACCAUUUCAGGAGGAUAAACCAAAAAAAUACUUGCUUUGUGUAAUAAUUUUUUUUUCUCCUCUCUUCUGCAAGUGCACUUUUUCUGAGAUUUCUUUUUAUUUAUACUGUAAAGAAUUGUAAUGUACACUUUAUAUGAAUUGAGUUAUAUACUGUAAUAAAUUACCAAUUGCAAAGGUUAAUCAUUCAUUACUGAAGAACAACUGAGAUUUUGUCCUGUGUCUCCUUUGGUGUUGGAGUGACAGGCUUGUCUGUUCUCUAGUCACCAGGUUGUUGUGGUAGAAUGACUCCAUGCCAUUUCUUGUUGACUCAUUGCUUGCUGCUGCUGGGUUGAUGUAGUCUCCUGUGACUUCCUGUGUGUGUGUGUGUGUGUGUGCGCGCGCGCGCGCGUGCGCGUAGACCAAUGACUGACACAGUCAG